AUGGACACCACAUGCGGUACUAGGUUUUCUACCAGACUCAGGUCCAAACGUUAUACAAAUAAUGGGUACUAUAAAACACUUGGGACAAUGGAAACGGAUGACGAGGAAGAUUCCGAGGAAGAAGACGAUGAAAAUGAUGAUGGUGACGACGACAUGGAAGCUGUUGAGGGAGAACCUAUUCUCACUAUGCAGCAGCUAAUGCAAUAUCUUCAAGUCGAUUCCUAUGAGUUUCUGAACUUUCCGAGAAGUGACAUGGUAAGGCCUUGGUGGGAAGAGCUCUAUGUAACUGGAUCUACCCUCAACAAGUCGCCGCAAAAAUCAGCAACAUAUCUAGCUCGCCGAGGCCUAGCAUGA